AUGUCUGCCCUGGUUGAUACAAGCGCCAUCGGGCAAUGGCGGUCUAUUGUGACUCUGAUCGCUUUUGUCAUCGCUAAUAUCAUCGUCUUGUUCCCAUUCAACGUGCCUCUUUACGUGCCGAAGCUUGUCGUCAAGUUGUUCCUUGGGUCGCUUGUUAAGCUGCGGAUAAUUCCCUCAAGGCUUCGCUACGAGAUCCUCGACAAGACAAAUCAUAUAGACGAACCCAACAAUGAGUCCGAAAGUACUAAAAGGAAAAGAAUCUCAAAGCACUUUAUGCGCUUUGGCUUCCCUUUCAAUUUCAUCACUGCUCCAUUGAUCGCAGACCUUUUUCUGCUCGCUAUCUCAGCGAUAGGCCGCCAAGAAGUUCGUGAUGGUACCAUUGGCGCCGACAACAUCGAGCCUUUUGAUAUCAUGGUAUUCUUCAUUACUUUGGCCUACAUCGCAAUUUCUAUCGACGCCUCCGGUCUCAUUAGAUGGCUCGCUUUCAAGGUGCUGCAAUGGGGCGGCAAGGUUGGCCACAAGCUCUUCUUCUACCUCUACGCCUUCUUCUUCGUCCUUGGUAGUUUCGUCGGCAACGACCCCAUCAUCUUGUCGGGGACGUCGUUUCUCGCCUACAUGACGCGCGCGUCUGAGAACAUCCAAAAUCCUAGAGCGUGGAUCUAUACCCAGUUCGCCGUCGCCAAUAUCGCGUCCGCUAUUCUUGUCUCUUCGAACCCGACCAAUCUGGUUCUUGCUGGAGCCUUUGAGAUCAAGUUUAUCGAAUACACUGCCAACAUGAUCGUUCCGGUCGUCGUCACGGGUGUGGUUUUGUUUCCGUUCCUCUUAUACGUUGUCUUUGCGGAUGAGUCCCUUAUCCCAUCCUCGAUCAAGAUGCACGCACUGCCCACCGGGGCCGACACCAGAGACCCUGUCAACCCUAAUAUUCCGUAUGUCCGUCGUCAGGCAGAGGAACAAGAGGACUCAGGAGAAGGAGGCCAAGCCGUUCUUUCUCUUGAAGAGAUUAUGAAUCCCUUCUUGGAUAAGAAGGGCGCAACGUUUGGUGCUGUCGUCAUGGCAGCCACCCUCAUUACUCUUCUCGCUAUCAAUGCCGCCAGUGCCAAGGGCACCAAACACCAUGUCUAUUGGGUCACUUUGCCCGCCGCGUUUGUCAUGUUCUGCUGGGAUGUUGCCUUUGGGUGGCUUCACCGCGAAGAGACGCGCAAAACGGCUGCUCAAUAUCGGGAGAUGGUUGAACGUGCGCAGGAGGAGAGAAGAAUGGAAGCAGCUGGAGCUAGUCGGCAGUCCACGAUCAACGCUCCUACAGCUAGCAGUAAUCCCUUCAGGGGCACUGAGAUAGCUGAGGCCAUUACUCUUGCGGACUUGACGGCUGAGAAUACUCCGGAUCCACCAGGCCCGAUUCCCAAGGUGCUUCUAUCCGGAACAGGUAGCAACAGUCCCGUCACAAUAUCAGGGUCUCCCAAGUCGCCAAUUCACGCGAGUAACCCUAAUUCCAAAAGUCCUUCACCCGGUGAACCCAGCCAUCUCGGAUCUGAGCCCUUGUCGCAACUACCCGGUCCCAUGCAACUGGUUCACGAUGAAUCCUGGCAGAUCGGUUCACAGCAAGAAGAGGAGCGGCCCACCUUGUUGUCAUACUCUUCUGCCGCGCACGAGUGGCUUCAAGAAACAUUCCCUACUGUCAUGGCAGUCAUGUCACAUCUACCGUUUGCUCUGGUUCCCUUUGCCUUUGCCAUGUUUGUUCUCGUGCAAGCCUUGGUCAGCACGGGGUGGGUAGAACUUUUCUCAGUAGGUUGGUAUCACUGGUCAAACAAAACCGGCACGGUUGGCAGUAUUGGAGGAAUGGGGUUCAUAUCUGUGAUCCUAUGCAAUUUUUCGGGAACCAACAUCGGCACCACCAUUCUCUUAUCCCGCAUCAUCCAAGCAUGGCAGAAGAUCCAUGAGCGAAAUGGCACCGCCAUCAGUGAUAGAACCUUCUGGGCCACCGUUUACAGCAUGGCUCUUGGCGUGAACUACGGCGCAUUCAGCACAGCCUUUAGCGCAUCCCUGGCUGGUCUUCUCUGGCGGGACAUCCUCGCUCGGAAGCACAUCCAUGUUAAGAGCCGUGAGUUUGCUCGCGUUAACUUUCCCAUCAUCGCAAUUUCCAUGACUGUGGGAUGUCUUGUCCUUGUUGGGGAAAUUUACAUCACGAGGGACAGUUCCCCAUACGACCCAGGAUAA